CUGAUAAAGUGAUAGUGAUCUUAUAGCUAACAUAUUAUCUGUUAGUGAUCUUGUUUGUAUUUAUCAUAUUAUCUGACUUAACCUGGUUUGUAUUAUAAACCUUCAUGUUUAGACAAUAUCUUUUACUUAAAAAUUCUUAUAUGAUUGAAUGUCACAUCAUGUGGAACCACUUUUUUUUAAUUGUAAGUGAGAAAUUAUUUUUCAUCAACUACAAGUAAGUGUGAAGAAAUUAUAAUAUCAUCGAGACUAAAAUAUAAUUAUGUUUUCACUUAUUUCUUUGUCCAUCUCCUACUAGUUUUGUCUAUUGGCAUUAGAACCUCCUUUAUCUUUAAUGUCAGACGCCUUUAGUUGGUAUGGAAGGCUAUUUUAUCCCACAUCACGUUGUGGAAUCGGUCAAUUAUUGUGCAAUGGAAGAUGACACCAACUUUGUUUUUUAUUUUUUUGCAAUAAUGCUGUGAAAGACGACAGAGGCUGCGUCCGAUCGAAUGAUAUGAACAACAGUAAAAUCAAAGGUGGAUUUGAAUAUAAAACGCACUCCUACUUUAUAUUGUUCGUCCAGCUACUAAUAGUAGUUUCUGCAUGUUUGCCAUUGCUAGGGUUCUUAGUCAACGUUGCGUCCCAACAUCAGAUUUGGUUGGGCAUUUAUGAGCACAAGUUAUGCACUUUUUAUAAUACUGACUUCGAAUUCAUUAAAUAUGUAUUGUUUCGUUGUUCAUUAAUCUUUUUUAAUUCUUGGUAACAUGGCCUUUGGAUUAGUAAGGAUUUACUUUUUGUUUGAUUUUGAGACUUUUUGACGAAGGUUUUUUUAUUGCUAUAGUUUGAAGAGUUGCAGCUAUAACUUGCACCUCACUCACCCUUGCCUUGGCUGCCACCAAUACUUGGUGACAGCUACCAUACUCCCACUCCGUGACCAAAGAUGGCCGAUUCCUUCGUCUCCGGGCUGGUCGGUACGUUGAAGGACAUGGCUAAAGAGAAGGUGGACUUGUUGUUGGGAGUCCCCGGAGAGAUCCAAAAGCUCCAAAGCACUCUCCGCAACAUCCAGUCUGUCCUUCUUGACGCCGAGAAGCGGCGGAUCGAGGACAAGGCCGUCAACGACUGGCUGAUGGAGCUGAAGGAUGUCAUGUACGACGCCGACGACGUCCUCGACGAGUGGCGGACCUCGGCCGAGAAGUGCGCCCCGGGAGAGUCCCCUUCGAAGCGGUUCAAAGGAAACAUAUUUUCCAUCUUUGCUGGCUUAAGCGACGAGGUCAAGUUCAGACAUGAGGUGGGCAUCAAAAACAAGGAUCUCAACGAUCGGCUGGAAGAGAUCUCGGCCCGAAGGUUCAAGCUGCAACUCCAUGUGUCUGCGGCCGAACCAAGGGUGGUUCCUCGAGUUAGUCGCAUAACUUCCCCCGUGAUGGAGUCUGACAUGGUUGGCGAGCAAUUGGAGGAGGACGCCAAGGCACUGGUGGAGCAGCUGACAAAGCAAGAUCCGAGUAAGAACGUGGUGGUGCUGGCAAUUGUGGGGAUCGGCGGCAUCGGAAAGACCACCCUCGCUCAGAAGGUGUUCAAUGAUGGCAAAGUCAAAGCCAACUUCGGCACCACCAUCUGGGUGUGCGUGUCCCAAGAGUUCAGCGAGACGGAUCUUCUCAGAAAUAUCGUUAAAGGUGCUGGUGGAAGCCAUGGUGGAGAACAGAGCAGGAGUCUGCUGGAGCCCUUGGUGGAGGGUCUCCUGAGAGGGAACAAGUUCUUGCUGGUGUUGGAUGAUGUUUGGGAUGCUCAGAUCUGGGACGACUUGCUCCGCAAUCCUUUGCAGGGAGGCGCAGCAGGGAGCAGGGUGCUGGUGACCACCAGAAACGCAGGGAUCGCGAGGCAAAUGAAGGCGGCCUACGUCCACGAGAUGAAGCUGCUGCCUCCGGAGGAUGGCUGGUCCCUCCUGUGCAAGAAGGCGACGAUGAAUGCAGAGGAGGAAAGGGAUGCCCAAGAUCUCAAGGACACAGGCAUGAAGAUUGUUGAGAAAUGCGGAGGGCUUCCCCUGGCCAUCAAGACCAUCGGAGGGGUCCUCUGCACAAGAGGACUCAACAGAAAUGCGUGGGAGGAAGUUCUCCGCAGCGCCGCAUGGUCACGGACCGGGCUUCCCGAAGGUGUGCACGGAGCACUGUACCUGAGCUACCAAGACUUGCCGUCCCAUCUCAAGCAAUGCUUUCUCUACUGUGCCUUGUUCAAAGAAGACUAUGUGUUUGGCAAGUCUGACAUCAUCAGAUUAUGGAUAGCCGAGGGGUUUGUCGAAGCACGAGAAGAUGCCAGCUUGGAGGAAACAGGGGAGCAAUAUUACAUAGAGCUGCAUCAUAGGUGCCUUCUACAAUCGCUGCAACCUUUGAGUCUGGACUACCAUAAUUAUUCCAAGAUGCAUGAUUUGCUGCGAUCGCUCAGCCAUUUCCUAUCGAGAGAUGAGAGCUUGUGCAUUAGUGACGUGCAAAACGAGUGGAGAAGUGCUGCCGCCACGAUGAAGCUGCGUCGGUUGUCGGUCGUGGCCACUGAAACCAUGGACAUCCGGGAUAUCGUCAGUUGGACCAGGCAAAAUGAGUCGGUGAGGACAUUGUUAUUGGAGGGAAUACAUGGCUCUGUGAAGGAUAUAGAUGAUUCCUUGAAGAACCUCGUCCGACUUCGAGUCUUGCACCUUACUUACACAAAUAUCGAUAUUCUACCGCACUACAUCGGAAAUUUGAUACACCUGAGAUACUUGAAUGUGUCUCAUAGCCGUGUAACGGAGCUUCCAGAAAGCAUAUGCAAUCUUACGAAUUUACAGUUUUUGCUCCUCAGAGGAUGUGAUCAGUUGAGACAUAUCCCCCGGGGUAUGGCUAGGCUAUUCAAUCUAAGGACACUCGAUUGUACAUAUACACAUCUGGAGAGCUUACCAUGUGGAAUAGGAAGGUUGAAGCACCUCAAUAAACUCGGAGGAUUCGUCGUGAACACCGGUAAUGAUGGUAUGUGCCCAUUGGCAGCAUUAUGCGGCCUCCAGGAACUCAGAUACCUGUCCGUUGGCAGGUUGGAGAGGGCGUGGCUGGAAGCUAAACCGGAAAGGGUUACGAGCAUAUUAAAAUGUAACCAUAAACUGAAGAAUCUACAUUUACAUUGCUCAUCCACACUGACAUCCGAUGGUCACACGGAGGAAGAGAUUGAAAGAAUGGAGAAGGUGUUGGAUGUGGCACUUCAUCCACCAUCAUCUGUUGUUUGGCUCAGGUUACAGAAUUUCGGCCUCCGGUACCCCAGCUGGAUGGCGUCUGCAAGCAUCAGUUCGCUUCUUCCGAACAUAAGCCGCUUGGAACUAAAUUAUUGUGUUCAUUGGCCACUGCUUCCACCGCUAGGGAAGCUCCCCAGUUUGGAGUUUCUUUUCAUACGAGGUGCACGUGCAGUGACCACCAUCGGACCGGAAUUUUUUGGGUGUGAAGCUGCUGCUGCUGGUCAUGAACGGGAACGGAAUUCAAAGCGCCCUUCUUCUUCUUCUACUUCUCCUCCUUCGUUGUUUCCGAAACUAAGGCAGCUGGAACUCUUGGAAAUGACUAACAUGGAAGUGUGGAAUUGGGUAGCGGAAGGUUUUGCUAUGCGUCGCCUCGACAAAUUGGUCCUCGGAAAUUGCCCCAAGUUGAAGUCUCUACCGGAAGGCCUGAUCCGACAGGCAACCUGCUUAACCACAUUGUUUCUGGCCGAUGUGUGUGCUCUCAAGUCUAUCAGAGGUUUCCCUUGUGUAAAAGAAAUGAGUAUAAUUGGUGAAUCAGAUCUGGAGAUUGUUGCUGAUCUCCCUGCACUGGAAGUCUUGAAUCUGGGACUGUUUGGGCGUGGCAACAAUCAUUUACCAGAGUGGUUGGCGCAACAAUCAUUCACUACGCUCCAGAGACUGGACGUGCGGGGAACCACCCAAAUACUCCGCAGAUGCCUCCAAAAUGGCGCAGACUGGCCCAUGAUCGAACGCUUUCCAAUUUUUUCCAUCAGAGAUUUCCGAGGCAAUUACAUAAGCUACAUCAAACAUUCCUGCACCUUCGACACAAACCUAGUCGAUGAUGAUGCUGCUUUUGCUGCUGUUGCUGCUGCUGCUGAAGAAGAAGAAGAAGAAGAAGAAGAAGACGUCAAUGAGCUUUGAGGGAGAUCGACAUCAUUCACGAUGUCAUUUGGCAGUCAUGUCUAAUAUGAUCAUUGCAAAUGGAGCUGACCAUUGUCUGUCUGUUUCCUCGACUUCCCUCACCUUCUUAUACCUGUAGCUCUUUUUUUUAUGGUGAUUAAUUCAAUGCUGUGUGUGUUGGCAGUGAAAUGUCUUGAUCAGAGUAUUUGUAGCAUGUCAUUGAUUUUGGAUUCCUCAACAUAUUACCACAAAGACAAACGUAUAGAUCAUCUUUUCUUCUCUGCGUAAA